AUGUUUAAAGAAAAAAACCCAUUACUUAACAAUAAAAAUAUUUCUGUUCUUGAUUCAAUAUCCAACGAUAUAGUGACCAGAUGGAACUCAACACAUUCAUUGUUAGAAUAUCUACUUUAUCUUUAUAAAGCUAUAAAAAGACUGCAAAAAGAUAUUGCAAAAGAUAAAGAAAGAACUAUUAGACAAAAUACUAAAGCAUUAGAAGAGUUGCUCCUUGAAGAAGAUGAUUUAUUAGGAAUUCAAAAGUUGGUUAAGUUGCUAAGUUCUUUUACAGAUAUUACAACCAUAAUGGGUAGUAAUCAAUAUCCUACUAUUUUAAUGAUGUUACUAUUAAUUAGAAUAUUACAAGAUCAUCUAUUUGAAAAAGAAAAGACACUUAAACAUCCAAUUAUUUGUGAUGUACAUGAUAAGAUAGAGCUUUCAUUUGGAAAUUGUUGA